GUUACACCCGUUAUAAGAAACAAUAACACAAACUAUAACCUGCUUGGAAGUCCCUUUUACUCUGACAAAUCAGGUUUAGAUUGGAGAGUAAAGCAGUCAAAAUGGAUCCAUUUUAUACGGCCAUGAGUCUUUACCGGAAAAGAAAUUUUGUUCAGUGUGCAAAAGUAUGUUCGGAUAUUUUACGAGACGACGGACAACAUCAGGCGGCUUGGGUAUUGAAAGUGAGAGCCUUGACUCAACGAGUAGCCUACGACGACACGGAUGUUUUGGAAAGUUUAGCCGAAUCUACCUCGAUAGAAAAUCACUGGACUAAAACUGCGCCACCUGGAACGUCUACUGUUACAAAAACAGCUCGUCGGGACCCGACCACAGGGACGAACAGACCACCGACUCAAUCUCGACCUUUGAGUGGUGUCGUUCGUCUAAAUCACAGUGGGUUGGGAGGAUCACACGAUAUUAAUAAUAGCCAAACAACUGCAAAGAGUCGAGUUCAGACGAGUCGAUUGUUAAGUCGGCUGGGUACAGCUUCGUUGUCAACAGAAGCAGAAUCAUUCAUCAACGUGGCGCGUUUAAAUCUGGCACAAUAUGCAGCUUUAUCCCAACUAGCCAAACCACUUUUCGAAUACCUUUACUAUGUUCAAGGGGAUGUCAAAAAUGCAUUGGAAUUGGCGAAUCAAGCUCAACACCACUCAUCUACUCUCCAUCUGCGCAACAGCGACGAGAAAAAUCAUUACUGGAAAUUUGCAAUAGCUAGAUGUUUGGUACGUCUAGGGCUUGUACGUCAAAUAGUUCAGACUACGUCGGAUUGGUACAUCCAAAUGAAUAGUUCAGACGGUGUGCUAUUAAUGGCAAAAUCAUACCUGAUUGUCGAUCAACCACUUACUGCCCUGGAGAUUUACAAAAAAGGAUUAGAGAAGUUUCCUAAAGAUACGGUUAUCCUAUCAGGAAUCGGCAGGAUAUAUGAAGAGCUUCGACAACCGGAAGACUCCGUUUCAACCUACAAGGAAGUCCUGAAUUACGAUUGCAGCAAUACUGAAGCAGUGGCUUGCAUUGCAGCACAUUUCUUUUAUACUAGCCAGCCAGAAUGGGCCCUCGUUUUCUACAAGCGGCUACUUCAAAUGGGGAUUCACACUGCUGAAGUUUUUUGUAAUAUUGCACUAUGCUGUCUGAAAACGCAACAAUAUGACAUGAUCGUUCCUUGUAUUGAAAACGCCCUGAAUCUUGCUGUAAAAGAUGAUUUACUGGCUGAAGUAUGGUACAACGCUGGUCAUGUAGGUCUUGCAAUGGGAAACUUGGAACUGGCGGAGAAAUGCUGGGAGCUGACACGUCGCAUUACCCCAAAUCAUAGUGAGGCUUGCAAUAAUUUGGCUGUUUUGGCCUUACUGGAAGGAAAAAUACAAGAAGGAAAAGCACUACUUAAUGCAUGUUUAUCUUUGAAUGAAGAUCUUACUGAAGCCAAACUUAAUCUUAAGCAACUAUCAAACCAAGAUAACGAAAUGAUGGAAUGCUUAAUAUAA